GCUGAUCCAGCAGGGCAACGUGCGCUGUGGGUUGGGUGAGUCUCCAUUUUUCUGGUUCGCACCAGCGGUUGCGCUGCUCAGUGCCCGGCUCCACCCCAGGUUCCGGGGUCGCCUGUAUAACCUUACUUGAGAAAGAAGACCAGAAGAAGGGGGAAAAAAGAAGGAAUGGCUCUUUUCCAGGGACGGUUGACCUUCAGGGAUGUGGCCAUAGAGUUCUCUCAGGAGGAGUGGGAGUGCCUGGACCCCGCUCAGAGGGCCUUGUACAGGGACGUGAUGUUGGAGAACUACAGGAACCUGGUCUCCGUGGGAAGCCUUUCCACUGGAUUUGCACUCAUGGAAUUGUCACCAGGGGAGGACAUUUAUAAAGAAGUAUUUUACCAUUUAGUGAUAUUGGAGAGAAAUGAAAGCCAUGGCAUCAAGGAUUUUGGUCUCAAGGAAGUCUGGGAAAAUAGGCAUGAGUUUGAAAAUCGGUGGGGAGAUGAUGCAAGAAAUUACAAAGACGUGCCUUUGACGCAUAAGAAAAAUCUCACUUGUAGGAAAGAUCAGCCACUUAAUCAGCCCUCAGUUACUCUUCCUGAAAAGCAGAGUGUUUCUGUGAGAAAAAAUACCUACCAGUAUGUCAUGAAUAAUGAACCAUUCAUCAGGACUUUGUUACAACAGGACAGUAACAUAAGUGGUUCUGGAAACCAGUAUAUAAACUGCUUGGAAAAUAGAAUUGGAUUAAGUUUGCAGGCACACCUGGGUGAACUCCAGAGGUUUCACAGUGAGGAGAAAAUGUAUGAAUGUAAUCCAACUGAGAAGUCUGUCAGCAAUGGUUCCUCAGUCUCACCACUUGAAAGAAUUCCCAGGGCCCAAAACAUUUGGAAUAAAUCUAGGAAGAUUUUUCAUUUGUUACCUGCACAGGCCAGGAGAGCAUGCACUAGACAAAAAUCUUAUCAAUGUACUGACUGUGGGAAGGAUUUUAGCAAAACCUCAAACCUCAUGAGCGAUGAGGGUAUUCUUUCUGGACAGAGACCUUACAGAUGUAAUGCAUGCAGCAAAGCCUUUGCUGAGCGUUCAAGCCUUACCCAAGAUAAAAUCCAUAGUGGAGAGAAACCUUACAAAUGUAGUGAGUAUGGCAAAGGUUUUAAGCAGUGCUCACACCUCUUUAGACAUCAGAGUACACAUCCUGGAGAAAAACCACACAUAUGUGAUGUGUGUGGCAAGGCUUUUAUCAGAAGCUGUAGGCUUAAUCAACAUCGGAAGAUUCACACAGGAGAAAAACCUUAUUCAUGUAGUAAAUGUGAUAAGGCUUUUCGCACGCGUUCUCACCUCUCGGGUCAUGAGAGAACUCAUACUGGAGAGAAACCUUACAAAUGUACUGAGUGUGGCAAAGCCUUUACCGAUGGUUCACAUCUUAGUCAACAUAGAAAAAUCCAUACUGGAGAGAAACCGUACAAAUGUAAUGAGUGUGCCAAAGCGUUUACCCAAUCUGGAAACCUUACUAGGCAUCAGAAAAUACACACUGGUGAGAAACCACACAAAUGUAAUGUGUGUGACAAGGCUUUUAUCCAAAGUUCAAGCCUUAUAGCACAUCAGAGAAUUCAUACAAGACAAAGACCUUAUAAAUGUAAUAAAUGUGAUAAGGCUUUUAUCAAACAUUCACAGCUUUGCGGACAUGAGAGAACUCAUACUGGAGAGAAACCUUACAAAUGUAAUGAGUGUGGUAAAGAGUUUACCCAGUAUUCACGCCUCUCUACUCAUCAGAGAGUCCAUACAGGAGAGAAACUAUAUAAAUGUAACAUAUGUGGCAAGGUCCAUAGUCAAAAUUCAAACCUUGCAAAUCAUCAGGAUAUGUAUACUGGAGAGAAACCUUACAAAGUCAAUGAGUGUGCCAAAGCGUUUUCCCAAUUUGGAAACCUUACUAAGCAGCAGAAAAUACACACUGGGGAGAAACCACACAAAUGUAAUAUGUGUGACAAGGCUUUUAUCCAAAGUUCAAGACUUAUGGCACAUCAGAGAAUUCAUACAGGAGAAAAGCUUAAUAAAUGUACUAAAUGUGAUAAGGCUUUUAUCAAACGUUCAGAACUUUUGCGUCAUGAGAGAACUCAUACUGGAGAGAAACCUUACAAAUGUAUUGAUUGUGGCAAGGCCUUUUCAUGUAGUUCACAUCUUACUCAGCAUAAGAAAAUCCAUACUGGAGAGAAACCGUACAAAUGUAUUGAUUGUGGCAAAGCCUUUGCAAUGCGUACACGUCUGACACAGCAUAAGAGAAUCCAUACAGGAGAGAAACCUUACAAAUGUAAUGAAUGUGGUAAGGCUUUUACCCAACGUUCACACCUUUGGAGUCAUGAGAAAAUUCAUACUGGUGACAAACCUCACAAAUGUAAUCAGUGUGGCAAAGCCUUUACCCAGCCUUCAAAACUCACUAGACAUCAGAAAGCCCAUACCGGAAAGAAAACAUGUAAAUGUAACAUAUGUGGCAAGUUCUAUACUACAAAUUCAAACUUUGCAAAUCAUCAGAGAAUCCAUACUGUUGAGAAACCUUAUAAAUGUAACGAGUGUGACAAAGCGUUUACCCAAUUUCAAAGCCUUACUUAUCAACAGAAAAUACACACUGGCUAGCAACCACCCAAAUGUGAUGUGUAACAAGGCUUUUAUCCAAAUGUCAAGCCUUUUGUCAUUUCAGAGAAUCCAUACAGGUGAAAAUCCUUGUAAAUGUACUAACUGUUGUAAAGUUUUUAGCACAAGUUCAAACCUUUUUGGUCAUGAGAGUACUCAUACUGGAGACAAACCUUACAAAUGUAGUGAGUGUCACAAAACCUUACUGAGUGCUCAAAUCUUACUCAACAUAAAAAAAAAAUCAGUACUAGGGAGAAACUUUACUAAUGUAAUGAGUGUGUCAAAGCGUUUACCCCAUUGGGCAACCUUGCUAAGCAUCAGAAAAUAUACACUGGCAUAAACCACUCAAAUGUAAUGUGUGUAACAAGGCUUUUAUCCAGUGUUCAAGCAUUAUGGAAGAUCAGAGAAUUCAUUCUGGAGGAAAACCUUUUAAAUGUAAUAAAUGUGGUGAGGCUUUUAUCAAAUGUUCUCACCUUUGGGGUCAUGAUGGAACUCAUACUGGAUAGAAACCGUACAAAUGUAUUCAGUGUGGAAAAGCCUUUAUGGAGCGUUCACAUCUUACUCAAUGUGAACCUAAUAUGUGUGGCAGUGCUUUUAUUCAAAGCUCAAGCUUUGGGAAGCAUCAAAGAACUCGUAGGAGAAAUAAACAAAUGAGCAAGUGUUCAAGACUUGCUCAGUAUCAGAUUUCACCAUGGAGAGGAACCAUAUGAAACUAACAUAAGUGGGAAAGCUUGUAACCAGGGUUCAUACCUCACCUGAUAGAAUAGAAGCCUCUGAAAGAAAGCACACACUAGGAAUGUAUGACAAGGCUUAUCUAAAGCUUCUUAUACUUUGGGGAAUGUAAUUUCUUCUAGAGAGAACCCUUACAAAUAAAAUGAGUGUCAUCUGGGUUAUAAAAAGUGUACAAGUUGGGGAUGGGUUAAAACAGGUGAAUGGAGUUAAGAGGCACAGACUUCCAUUGAUAAAAAAACAAAAUAUACAACUUUGUGCUUUGUGGUCUAGAAAGAAUUCACAUAACAUGGAAACCAUAUAAAUGUGUCAAAGUCUUUACGUCAGCAUACACCAAAGAAUUCUUACUGGACAGGAACAUUAAAGAGUAAUGAAGGCGAUAACUUCGCCAAUUCUUCAAUGGACUACAAUUUAAAACUUCAUGCUAGGGGGACCUCGGUUUGCUUUGACAGUUAACCAAUCUUAGGUGUUAAAUUCCAGAAAAUAAAAAGUAUUUAAAACUCAUGAGAUGAUGUGUGUCAAUGGAAUAAGUAUAUAUGUGGAAAGACCUAAUCAUAUUCCGUGAAAUCUUUUUAUAAAGAUUUUAUUGUCAGGGCGCCUGGGUGGC